AAGAGCAAUGUCACAAAGAGUCAGUAUUUCCGUUUUACGUGACAAUUACUAGUGUAUGGGAAAGUAAACACUUUCUUUUCAGGAUAUUUAUAAGAUGAUACGAAAUGAGAUGCUAUCAACAAUAGUGAGAAAUAAACAUAUCCGUUUUUGAGAUUAGCUGAUGCACUGAGUUUGAUUUCUAUAGACUUGUGAUAUAUGCGUCCAUAGAAUGAAAGGGAAUGGCGAACGCGAAAGCAACGCUAAGCGACACCAUAAAUGAAGGCUCUGACGACUGGCACGAGUUCACGUGCGGCGCUUGUGAUAAAGAAGGGAAGUUUAUUAAAGCAGAUAAAUACUGUGUAGAGUGCGAUGAGAAUUUAUGUAAAGACUGUGUUAAACUACACAAUCGUUUUGGUGCUAUGAAAAUGCAUCAGCUACACGACAAGUAUUUUAAAGACGGACGAAAAGGACAGGCACUGCCUAACCAAAGGUGCGGCAGACAUUCUGGAAAACUGCUCGAUGUCUUCUGUAAAUUGCACGAUGCUGUUUGCUGUGCUACUUGUGUUACACUGGAACAUAGCAAUUGUAAGGGGAUGGUUUAUUUGCCUGAAGCAGCAAAAGACGUCAGGAGUAGCGCUGAAAUGAAGAAAUUUGAGGUUGAUCUUAAAGAUAUCCAGACAAACUUAUCAAGCAUUAAACAAGAAAUACAGAAUCAUCUUCAGACUUUGAAAGAUGAGAAGAAAGGUCUGUUAAAGCAAAUCCGUGAUUUCCGGGAGAAGAUUAACAAACACCUCGAUAAAAUGGAAAGUCAUCUCAAAGAUAAUAUAAAAACUAAAUUUCUGAGUGAAAAGAAUGUAUUAAAACGUAGCAUGGAAAAGGUAGAUAAUACAACUGAAUCUUUGCGAAGGCAUGACCAGCUGCUUGAAAACGUUGACAAGAAAAAUGAGUCAGAAAUGUUCGUUCAACUAAAGAUAGGCAAAAAUAUUGCUUCCGUUGGGGUUGAUCUGUUAAAAGAGAUGGAACAAAGAACGUUAAAACGAAAUUUGUGUACGUUACAUUUCGAUUAUAACGUAAGAAAGAUAUUAGACGAGACUACGUCCUUGGCAGUAUUGUCUCAGGAAUGUAAUGUCUCCUCAGCAAAGUUUGCCAGCGAAUUCAGUGUAAGAAUUCCAGAAGAUGCAAAUAUCCCUAUGAUUAGAAGUUUAUGUGAAAUUGAGAAUGACGGAAUGAUAAUCACAGACACUGCAAACUGCAGGAUGAAAAAGCUAGAUGAAAGUUUUUGUGUUACCUCUUUCUUGGACCUAAAUGCUGAGCCAUAUUCUUCUUGCUACAUAGGAGUUAAUACUGUAGCGGUUACAAUGGAAAAUUCGAAGGUCCAAUUCGUUUUCGUAGGCAAACCAAUGGUUCGAACUUUAUCGUUUGUUGUAGGCAAAGGGUGUAGGGGUAUUUCAUACUUCAAUAAAGAGCUGUUCAUGUGCUGUGGUGGCAAUCAUAUGCCAGGUAGUGUUGAGGUUUAUGACCUACAUGGAACCCACCUUCGGUCAUACUUUGACCAGUUUGCCAUGCCAACGGAGCUUGCUUCAAGCACGAGCAGAGGCUUGUUUUAUAUAACUGAUAAUAAACGUGGUUUGAUUAUCAUGGAUAGAAACUUUGUGCUCCAAACCAUUAUCAAAAACAAAGAUUUGGAAAAUCAGCAAGGGAUUUGUUUCAUUGAAGACACAAAGUUGUGCAUAGGUGGAUGUCAGACAAAUAACAUCGCACUUUUUAAUAUGGAUGGGAAGUUUGUUAAAUAUCUGUUGUCAGCAAAAGACGGAGUGCUAAAUCCCAUAUCGCUGUGCUAUCUAUCAAACCAACACGCCCUUGUUGUUACUAUGCACAAAUGUGACAGAAUCAAACUGUUCUCUCUAAAGAAUGUAUGACUAUAAUUACAGAUUGCUAUAAUGUACUCAAAAUGAUUGUGUUUGUUCAUGAUAGGUCUGGCACAGACUUAAGCGGGGUUGAAUUAACACUGAAUGAACUCCAUGAUCCCGAAGGGCCUGAAAUACUAACAAUACUAAGCUAAGGUAUGGGUCGAACCACAGAGCAUUUAAAGUAUGUUGUUGUGAGGCAAAGCGAAAUUGCAAAUAUCGACAUAUUGUACCCUUAUGCAUUUUGUAAUUUUUAAUACUGUGUUACUCUGGUUUUGCAGUUUUACGGUAUUAUUGUGUUGAUAUAGAAUAAGGCAUAAAAAAACCAUUGUCUACAGUUAAAUGUUCACACUUCGUUUUUGCUGGAAAAGGUCUACACUUGGACGGAUUAAGACCAACAUUUUUUAUUUUCUGAUUUACUGGAGUGACGACUUAAUUUGUUGAUAAAACAAAUAAAAACAAAAUUUAAUUAUACCCGCCGACUGUCUAUUGUCAAAAAUAAAAAAAAAUCACUGUAGGGUAGAUACCAGGUCAAAAGAUGCAUUGAAAAUGGCGUCAAGCAUGAAGAUAUCUCAUGUGCGAAAUUAAAUAAGCAAAUUGAUAAGUUAAGAGAUAAGUUUAAUAUAAGUUGGCAGAGAUAACAAAUACUGUAAAUGGAUUUGAUUUAAGUUGAAAUUAGAGCAGCCAAUACUGUUAACCACGGAAAAAUCACUACGAAAAGUGACAUGACAUUCAUCUCCGGCAAAUUGUGUGCGUAUAGGACUCAGGACGCAGACCUAAAAUAAUCAUUGCAUAUCUACACUUUUGUAGCAUAUUUAUUAAUGUUUAUGUGAUAAACAUUAUGCAGUGUACCAAUGUAACACGGCAACUUUGUAGAAUUUAUAAUGAAAAACUAUUUCCUUAAGUCCAUUAUUUCUAAAGAGCAGAAUGAUUAAAAACACAUUAUAUAACAUAACCUUGGUGAAAAACACAAUAAGAUGAAAGAUAAAUAGAAAUUAUAACAUUGGCAAACGAUUAUGUUUCGGUCUCCUACACAUAAUGGCAACACAGUGAAAAAUUAAGAUAUUUUUACUGAUGUGAAAUUCUAGUCCCUUUUCAAUACAGUUUAUAAAAGGAAUCAAAGUAUUUUUAAGUGAAGUUCUACUAUAAUGUUGUUAGUGCAAAAACGAUUAAAGACCCAAGCUCUUACUCUUUGCAGGCUUGAGUCUGAUUAGGUUUUAGCUUAUAACUGCACUUCCUGACACGUUUACAAAAUUGGUAUCAUGCAUACAAGCUGCACAUAUAAAAUGGAUAUAAACAGUUCAGAAAAGUUUAUUUGUUAGUGUGAAUGCUGUUUAAGCUUUGCAGUUUUUGUUUUCUAGGUUGUACAAAAAUAAACAAAAAAUAUACAUGUA